CUUUGCGCGUCCUUGGGGAGCACACAUCCAACCUCUUCAACCACGCAUUCAUUCAAACACACUCACACACUCACUCACACACGCACGCACGCACGCGCUGCCGCCUGGAAACACACACUCACACACACGCACCAACGACUCCGCUCCAACACUCCGCCCAGCGCCGACCACACACGCCGGCUGCACGAUUCCCGUCCCCGACACCACACGCAUCCUCGAAACCCUGCUUGUUUGGAGAGGCAGCAUUCCACUCACUCUCCGGACUGCAGCACCAGAGCACGAGAGCACGGGUACCUGCAGCGUGCGCUCCACCGCCGCCUCCCCUACUCCAACCAGCGCCUGCGCUGUCGAGUACAACACUGCCAGCGUCGGAACUCUCGCGCCUUUGCACCACCCCCAUUGGCAAUGCUCAGUUGGAGAAUUUGGAAGCUAGCGACAUCACGCAUCGGAGGACCAGCCGGCGCACAGCUUUCUCUGCCUGCUGCUGCUGUUGAAGGACGUUGAGCAGCCCGCAGUCGGCCUAUACUGCGAUACAGACUCGCCGCACGCAAGCAGGUUGGUGACUCGUCGUGUGCGUGAGUGAGGUCGUACCAGCAUUGGCGGUGGGUACACGCUCAUACACCUCCACCAAAACUCAACCACACUCGUUUUCACCACAAUGAACAAACUUUUGAAGAAAAAGGCCAUCGAUGGCCCGGUCUCAAACGACGACGCGCUCAGAGCGCUCUCGCAGCCGCCCCUUCCAUCCCCCGCGCCGAAGAAGUCCGGAGCCAGCAGGUGGAAGAAGAACAAGAAGCCCGAGCCAGCACCUCGCCCAGAACUCGACGUGUCCAUUGCGCUACCGUCGACUGACGAUUUUCGAACAAGCUUACUGAUGCCGAGUCUGUCGACACGGUUCAGUAUGCUACGCGAGCAAGACGACCCCAACUCACUUCUAGGAAAGGCCAGCGACGAUAGCGUAUUACACCCUAGGAGGCGUUCGCGCCUGGGAGACUUCGGCUGCCAUCCCACUGGACUUUCUGAUAUUGCGGAGGUCUCAUCAGUCCAUGGAUCCAUCCGGCCUCCAUUCGCUCAGGCAAGCAGCAGCCGCGCAGAUUCUACCGUAUCUGAGGAUGGCUAUAGCAGUGAAGUCGAUGCCCAGGGCGGCAGCAUUAUGCAGAGGUCCCGACCUGGAGAGGGCAACAUUUUGUUUGGUGGUCGCCAGAAGAUCUACAAGAUCGCAGGUAGUGGAGCAAACUCUACUAAAAGCCUCGGAAAGGUCAUGUACGAUGAUGAUGUCGGCAUGUCAGCUUUCCAGAGAUACCGGCAAAGAGAAAGAGAACAUGAUGCAAGUGAGCUUCCGCGGAGCUCAGAUGACAGUCAAAUGUUCGAAUUCGGGUUGGACAAGGCCGAGCUGGACUUGCAGGAUGAUGAUGAUGGGCAGCAUUCCCUGCCAAACGAUUCGGCCAAGGAUCUCUGUCACUCGCCUUCUUUGUCUUCAUAUGACAGAAAGCGAUCGACCACAUCCUCGGAUGCGCGUUCAAUUGCACGGUCAUCAACUGCUGCGACUUCGGUCGCUUCGCAGACUCUAGCGAGUGCAGCACCGUCGCCGGCGCAUGCACCGACGGGCGUCAUGACCCUCGCGCCCGCUAUGACACCCAUGCCGGACAGAGUGAAUACUAAACCGAAGAGGCUGUAUGAGCAAGGACUGGACCAGCAUCUCCAGGAACAGCAGAGUACAGCACUGAGUCGGCUGAACUCGAUCCAACGCCAACGUGCGAUGAGCGGCAAAAACGUGCCGCCGUUCUUGCACAGCACUAAGAGUGCUGGCAAUCUGCAAGAGCGAUCGCAAUCGCCCAGUUUUGCCUUCAGGUCUCAGUCGCCGCAGUUGAUGUCCCCCAAUCCACUGUCUACACUUGGAUCGAUCAGGCGCGCCAACUCAGCAACGUCUAGUCCACUUCCAAGUGGACCGCAGUCGCCAGUGGACGGUUACCAGGACGAAGCCAGUGUAUUGGCACAGGCACUGGAGCCCGCUGAUCGUGGCAAAGCAACUGCAAUGGGUGCGUUCAACAAACCGGCGUUCGCCUUUGACGAGCAACAAUACCUCGAACGCCAAAAACAGCUCCAACGAUCUGCUUCCAAUGCUGCUUUAAAGAGCAAAGCGCAGUCUCAAUCUGCGCUACAGCAACGCAUCAAUGCGUACAACGAGGCACAAGACAACCAGUCCCGAGGCUCUCACAACUCGUCAGCUCGAGCAGGAGCUGAAGCUGCAUCUCGUAAGCAUGAGGGUAGUCAUGCAUACGACGUCUUCCAGAAGGCGGUGAGCAAGUUCCCGACAAAGGUCUCGCCUCCCCCUGCGAGCAAAUCUCCUCUGCCAGACACGCAUCGCACUUUCUUCGGCAACAUCAGCGCAAGUGAUGAUGAAGAUGAGGAAGAAGAGUCGCAGAUCGCUCAGUCUUUCAAUCAGCCAGAAUAUGGCUAUGGUGGCUACCAGAGCAAGUGGCAGCCUACUAUACUCCCUUCUGUAUCUGAGCAUCCGGCAAUGAGACAACGUAAGUCUCCUGCGAGCCUGACUGAAGAGUGUGAAGAAGAAGAGGAGGGCCCGAGGUCCCCGAGAAAUGCAACUGCGCCACCAUCACAGACGGAUACCGCAUCGAGAGGAGGUGAGCAGAUUCCAAAGGCGCUGGAUUCGCCUACGCUGCCUGGAGCAGAGGCGGUCGGUGGCAUCAACGGAAUGAUGCACCAUCUGCGCCAGAAGAGCAACGAGUCGUCCAUUUAUCCGGCGGAUGAGCCCAAAACGACCGAAACUGCCCCUUCGAAUUUGCCCAACAUGCCGUGGAAUUGUAGCAAGUCAGAGUCGCUGGAAGCAGCUGCGGCUUCGCUCGAUCCAGCGGCGUCAUUGCGCGAUUCACAUUACACAGCUUCUAACCCUUGGGAUCUUGACGAGACCCGCAGUUUGAUGGACCGCGCUCAUUUCGACCAGAGCGAUACGAGCUCGACAGACGCAAUGAAUCAAUCGAAUGUUCUAGGUUCCCAGGAUACGGGAUCCAAUCCUCGCCAGAACCGAAAUCGCGACAACUCUGAGCUUUCAGUUGCAGACGAUGAUGCGCCAUCGUGGCAACAAGAGCUGCGCGGGCAACACACGAGGGACGCCAGUAUAGCGACACAGGAAGGGCGCGAUGCGUUCUCGAGAGAGCUGGCUGCUCGGAGGGAAGCCGUCAAGGAGAAUCUUCGAAGCGUUGUCGACGUGAACAAUGGUUCCAGAUCUAACAGCCCAGUGCCGCCACCAUUGUCAAUCGCGACAUCAGGUAGCAACGGUCUACGAGCAUUCGGCGCGUUGCGAGCGAAGACUAGUAGAGAGUCGCUCGCACAUAUGCGCGAUCAUCCUUCUACCAGGGCACGAAAUGAGCGCAGUCCCGACACGACACGACCUCGUGCCGACUCCUCCACCGCGAGAUUGCCUAUGCCACCUAGGUCACAGCACCCUGCUUUCAAAACUGGGCCUCCAGACGGCUUCCAGGAGAGCGACAACAGCGACGUCCCUCGCGAGCGUCAACUUGCAUCUAGUCGAUCGGUUGCUCAGAUGAAUGGCCGGAACCGCAGUCGCUCGAAUUCGGCCGCCACUGGUAGCUCGCGCAGUCGUACUGGGCCGUUCCGUGAUGAUCUCGAGAAGGCCAUGGUUGAGGGCCGUGGCUCGAGUUCCACCGCUCACGAGUUCACGCCAGACGUUUCGCCUGGUUUACCCGGUUCCGAUAGAUCCAGCGAUGGCUGUCGCACAGGCAUGCAAACCUACUUUGAGCAUAGGACUGGCCGCACGCUGCAGCCUGUCGACACUCAGCUAGGCAGUAGUGGUCCUACUCCAGCAGCAACGCCAUCGAGUCUUACACCUAACAUCUAUACCCCAGGUCGUCCCGUGCCAGUCGCGAACGCAUAUUCCGAGAACCCGACGCCGCCUCUUUCCGGAUCCAGUCCAGCCAUUAGCCCGUCAGCAUUCUCUGCUGGAGUGCCAUUUCCCGCCCGCGGCACAGGCUUGCGCAAGCGAACAAUCACAAAGUACGACAUCUCAGAGCCGACGCUCAUCUCAUCGACUUCUAACGUCGAUACCGUGGACUUGCCGCCAGGAGCGUCUCUGCAGAAUGGCAGAGAAGAUGCGCCGCCCAUUCCUCCAAUCAAUCCCCGCCGUCGCGGCACACGCAAGAUGUUUGGUCUUGGAUCCAAGGAAUCGCAAGAGACAACAGUUCCGGUAACCACUCGAUCUGAUCCCAAUCUCUUGACACAAACAUCGCCCAAACGCGAGGCUCAAGUCCUUCCUGGCAACGUCAUGCGAAUGCCGGCAUUUGAACAGUCUUCAGUCAUGCCACAGUAUAGCGGCUCACGUUCCGCUGCCGCUUCUCCUGAACUGACCAGAAGGCCGGAUCGUGCCGUCGCCUCUCCCAUGGAUGGCGGUAUGUUUUGAUGAUGCCCACGAAUCAACUUUAUUCCGAGAUCAGCAACACCAGCAACAAUAGAUACACGGCCACACCUUUUUUUUUCUUUUUGCAUUCCAAGUGUACAUCAUUCUGAGAAAGACGGGCGGGACUCUUGCCGUCGGGUGGAGUGCCCAUCAUGCCAGUGGCUAGCCUUUUUUUCAUGUACAAAUAUGAUAUGACGAGAACAACGGAAAGUCGACCGGCGUUUUUUUUUUCUGCUUUGGGACUGGACAAGUGAGGAAAGAGGCGAAUGGGGCGGGGGAGGAAUGGACUUUCGGGCGCUACACUGUUCCGAGCAAGAUGUCCAUGGGAGAAGAAGAAGAGGAAGAAUCGAAGCGUAAGGAGGAGAAACGAAGUUGGCAUCUUUGUUUUUGAUUUAGCGACUGCACAAUGAUACCACAAGAGUUGAGUCGUUUUUUAGUGCGCCUACCUUUAGCAUAGUGUGCGUGUGUGUGCGUGUGUGCGUAUGCGUGUGGACAGAAAGC